AUGUCAUCGCCUUCAAGGCAAAACGAGAAACGCCAGAGCAACAGCUCGAGCGAACGUCAUCACUCUUCCUCAAGCGAAAUUGACGAUCAAAUCCUACCCGCUGGGCAGAUGCCAUACCCAAACUACCUUGGUUACGAAUCCCGCUCGAGUACCUUGACACCUCACGAGCGAGAAUCGCUCGUCUACGCACCCGGAAGCUCUGGUAGCGAAAUUCCCGGUCUUUACGGCCCAACAGCAGUCGCAACCCCCGUCGAAGAUGAAAGGUCUCGCAGCGUUGCCGAGUUCAAGGCCGCAAAGGACUCUGCUGGUGCGAUUGGCACUGGUUUGGUCGCCGAAGAGAAGAAGCCACGUGCUGAUGUUCCCGCCAAGACAGCAGCAAAUGGCUAUCUCGACUAUGCAGACGGUCUUCGUGGUAUUGCCAUGAUCAUGGUCUUUAACGGUCAUUUUAUUGACAACACGUUCAUCCAAACCCACCCGAGGACCAUCGAAAACGGUACUCCCGUCGGUAUUCUCCGAAGUCCCAUCGGUUUAAUUCUCUUCUACAUGCUUUCCGGUCGCCUCAACGCCACUUCGUACUUCCGUAACAAGGCGCUCGGUCGCCCUAUUCGUUGGACCGUCCUUCCCGAAGCCAUGAUCCGUCGAUCGCUGCGUUUGCUCAUCGUUGGUGGUCUUUGGGUCAUCAUUCAGAAGGUCGAGUGUGGUACACAUGCUUUUGACCAGACCGUCAUCGCUGAAGGUUGGUUGCAGAGCGGAAAUCUCGGUUACCCACUCUGGUGUAACGUUGACAACAACAACCCUUCCCCCUACGCUUCGGAUUGGAACAUCUCGACCAGUAUUGGUGACAUCGUAGUCGGUCUUCUCCGAAUGGCAACGAACCGUGACUACUUGCAGCAGCUGUUGAACCAGUCAAUGCUCUGGUCCAUCGUACCUCAGCUCUGGGGUAUGCUUUCAGUUCUCAUGCUUCUCCCGAUUCUGAUGCACUUGCGACCCUCGCGACGAUUCACACUCUACGCUCUGCUCCUGAUCUUCCAAGGCUACACCUACAACCAGAACAUUCCCUUCACCGUUGGUGCUAUUGCUGCCGACCUCAAGGCCUCAGGAUACAUCAAAAAGUUCAACCAGAAGUCUCGCAUCGCUUUCCUCCUUACAGAAGUAGCUAUGGCCGCUUUCUUUGUUGCUGCUUACUGCUACAACCCCAUCUUUGUCAACAUUGAUCGCGGGCUCGAGCAGAUCACCGACCGUGACGGUGUCCUUGGCUAUGAUAUCACUAUGUUCACAGCCGGUCGUAUGCCAAGCUACCUCAUUAUGGCCGGUGUCCUGUACUACUGGCUCGAGAUGAGCGCUGUUCUCCAGUGGCUCAUUGGAAACUUUGCUUUCAAGGCUCUUGGUCGUGUUGCUCUCGGAUUCUACGUGUGCCAGAUGUCUAUCAUCUACGGUAUCAUGCCUUAUCUGGUCAUCUACUUCCGUGACCGAGGUUACAGCUUCUGGAGCAACAUGUGGAGCACUUGGUGCAUCACCUUCUUUUCCGCUUACAUCGUUGCCUGGUUGAUUGCUCACACAAUUGACAAAUGGGCCAUGAUCUUCUCGGACUGGUUCGCGAGUACGAUCGUGCGUCACGAUACCUUGACUACGCUUCGUAUGGCUACUUUCAACACUGCCAAAGGGCUUGUCUACGGUCCUCCCGCGUUCGCCAAGGCUACUCCGGGAUGGCUUGCUGCAAAGUGGGCCAAGACGAAGCACGUUGUCUGGACCAUCUUCCACUGGAGGACCAUGGUUGCUGUUCCUGCACCUCCUUCUCACCCAAUGGAAGUUGGAUUGCAGAUGGAUCAAGUUCACUCCACUUUGUUCGACGCCGAUAUCUCGGACGACGAGCAGGCUGUGAGGACAAGAUGGAUGCUUCGUGCUUUGUCCUACAUGGGUCCUAUUCAGGUCGGCAUCAUUUUGGGUCUCGGUUUCAUUUGGAUGUGGUUCAACCCUUGGGCUGACUACAUUCUGGAUGGCUUUGCGAACUUCUCGACUGUCUGGCGUCUGCUCUGGGCUUUGGCGCUUCCUUACUGUAUCAUCACUACGCUUGGUUUUGCCACUCCAGACAUCACAAGGACUCCCGAACAGCUCAAGAAGAAGCCCGUGAUCCGCGAGCACAUUCACCGUCUUUUCAUCGUUUCCGUCACCCGUGGUUCCAACCCCGAGACCACCCGUCGUGCCCACUUGCACCUGAAGAAACUCGAAAAGUAUCACCCUGCCGUUCGCGCUAUCGUCCUCACUGACGAGCCUUACUACUACCCGGAUCUGGACAACGUCAUGACACCCAAAGCCUACAAGUCUCCCCUCGGUAAAGCUAAGCACAAAGCCAAAGCCCUCGACUACUUCCGUUCCUCCAUGAACCUCACCCCUUACGAUUGGGUGUUGCACAUGGACGAAGAGUCGACCAUGGACGCCGAAUCUCUCCGUGGAUGCCUCGAUUUCAUCCGCUACAACGACGCACACAUUGGUCAAGGCAUUAUCAUCUACAACGGUAAACGCGAGACCUACUGGAAGAACUGGUUCUUCGCCGUCGCCGAUUGCAUCCGUGUCGGUGACGAACUCGCUCGAUUUUCACUCCAAGGCAACAUCAUCAAACGCCCUGUCUUCGGUGUCCACGGUUCCUUCCUAAUGAUCAACGGCGACGUCGAAAACAAAGUCACCUGGGAUUUCGGCUCACUCGCUGAAGAUUUCGAAUUCUCGCAAGCCGCCUGGUCGAAAGGCUUCACCCUCGGUCGGAUCCACGGUGUUGUCCGCGAACAAUCCCCUGAAGGCUGGAUGGAUUUCAUCAAACAACGUCGUCGAUGGUACAUGGGUAUUCGAGGUAUCAACGGUUUGUUCUUCUUGCCUCAGAUUGCGAUCAAACUUUGGACUGCGGGUAUUUUCUGUCUUGUAGCAACCCUGAUUAACAUUCCUUUCUCGUUAUUGUUGGAAUGGUCGGGUCCUACACCGAGAUGGUUGUACGUUAUCUCGUGUUUCUGUUUCGGAAACUUUUACUGGUUGUACUACUCGGGGUUGUUCUUUUCGGAGAUUGACUACGGGUACAAGUGGAGUCAGGCUUGGCAGGUUCCGGUGCAUGCGGUUGCCUUGUUGAUUUUGCAGCCGAUCAUGGCGUUUGUUGAGGGGUGUGCGGUGAUUUAUGCGAUGAGUACGGAGGAUGGUGAGGUUGGGUUCCAGGUUAUCAAGAAGUAA